UGGACUUAUCUAUUAAAGGCAAAUUAGAUUAUGAUCUCUACAACCAAAUUUAAAAUUUGACGCAAAGUUUGAUUAAAAUGAUCAAUUCCCACUUUGUUUUUGAACACUAGGUAUUCUUCUUCUUCCUCUGACGAUUGAAGACAAUUGUUACCAAAACAGAUCAAUAAAUUUAGUAACAAAUUACAUUUUAAUAUCUAAUAACCUCUCAAAUACAACUAAUAUAGCCUAAAACCUUUAAACUUGUUUGCAUUCAUAAGUCUCGGCGAUGGCAAUUUGGUGCCGGAAUAUAAGCAGCUUAAGGAGGUCUGCAAUAAACAGGCAACUAAGCCAUCUCAUUGCACCAUAUGUUUCUGGUCAACUAAUACGUUGUCGUUCGACCAAGAUUUCUGAUACUCCUCCAGACAUACGUAGAGCGAACAAGAACAUCACGAAUUUAAUUCGAAAUGGUCGAGUAGAGGAUGCCAGAAGAUUAUUCGGUAUGUUAACGCAUCGAAAUACGGUUACGUGGAACUCAAUGAUAAGUGGGUACGUGCAACAGCGUGAGAUUGUGAAAGCAAGAUACCUGUUCGAUAAAAUGCCGCAGAGAGAUGUUGUCUCCUGGAAUUUAAUGAUUUCUGGUUAUCUGUCCUGUCGACAUUUGGAGGAAGGUAGAAAAUUGUUCGAUGAAAUGCCUGGCAGAGACUUCAUUUCCUGGAACACGAUGAUUAGUGGGUAUGCUAAAGCUGGAAAAAUGAAUGAGGCACUGAAGCUUUUUAACUGUAUGCCUGAUAAGAAUGUUGUGUCCUGGAAUGCGGUUAUUUCUGGAUUUUUGCGUAAUGGGGAUGUGAAAACUGCUGUUGAAUAUUUCAAGAGAAUGCCGGAGAGGGAUUCAGCUUCUCUUGGUGCCCUUGUAUCGGGUUUGAUCCAGAAUGAGGAAUUGGAUGAGGCUGAAAAUGUUCUUUAUGAAUUUGGAGAAAGCAAUGAUGGGAAAGAAGAUUUGAUUCAUGCUUAUAACACUUUGAUUGCUGGAUAUGGUCAGAAAGGAAGGGUUGGUGAUGCUAGACGCCUUUUUGAUAAAGUUCCUUCUUAUAGUAGUGGUCAAGAAAUUAGCAGAAAUAGGAGAUUUGAGAGAAAUGUGGUAUCAUGGAAUUCCAUGAUCAUGGCUUAUAUCAAAGCCGGAGUUAUGGUUUCUGCAAGAGAGCUUUUUGAUCAGAUGAUGGAGAGGGAUACAUUUUCAUGGAACACAAUGGUUAGUGGCUAUGUUCAUGCCUCAAAUAUGGAUGAAGCAUCAAACCUGUUCUCUAAAAUGCGAAAUCCUGAUGUACUAUCAUGGAAUUCAAUAAUCUCUGGAUAUGCACAGACGGGGAAGUUGGAAUUGGCCCGUGAUUAUUUUGAAAGGAUGCCCCAGAAGAAUCGGGUUUCUUGGAAUUCCAUGAUCUCUGGGUGUGAAAGAAAUGCAGACUAUAAAGGAGCAAUAAAGCUUUUCAUGGAGAUGCAACAGGCAGGAGAGAAACCUGAUAGGCACACACUCUCCUCACUUCUAAGUGUUUGUGCUGAAACUGUGGCUUUGUUUCUGGGUAUGCAGAUUCAUCAGCUAGUGUCAAAGACUGUAAUACCAGAUAUACCUUUAAACAAUUCCCUAAUAACUAUGUACGCAAGAUGUGGUGCAAUACAUGAAGCAAGGACAAUUUUUGAUAAUAUGAAAUUUCAAAAAGACGUAAUCUCAUGGAAUGCAAUGGUCGGAGGAUAUGCAUCUCAUGGUUUUGCAUUUGAAGCCCUAGAGCUUUUUGAAUUAAUGAAGUGCCUUAAAGUGAGGCCAACUCGCAUCACGUUCAUUUCAGUUCUGAAUGCGUGUGCUCAUGUUGGUUUAGUGGAACAAGGUCGGUUAUAUUUUAAAUCAAUGGACUCUGAAUUUGGCAUCAAACCUGAGGUUGAGCAUUUUGCCUCCCUUGUAGAUAUUGUUAGCCGCGAUGGACAGCUUGAGGAGGCCAUGAAAGUGAUUAGCACUAUGCCAGUGGAGCCAGAUAAGGCUGUCUGGGGUGCAGUAUUAGGUGCUUGUAGGGUGCACAACAAUGUUGAGUUUGCGCGAAUAGCAGCUGAAGCGCUAAUGCGCCUGGAACCGGAGAGUUCAGGCCCUUAUUGUUUGCUAUAUAACAUGUAUGCCGAUGCUGGAAGGUGGGAUGAUGCGAAUGAAAUCAGAGUGUUGAUGGAAACGAAUAAUAUAAGGAAAGAACCCGCUUAUAGCAGGAUGGGCUCAACUUCCUCAUAGUGAUUUCUCAAAUUAUAAAUUUUGGUUACACGAAGAAUUUGGACCGAGUUGUCUAUUUUGGGGUUUAAAUCAUUUGAAGGAAAUGUCAUGUACAUCCUGCUGAGCAUUUGCAAUAUUCCUUGCUAUGAAUAAUAAUUCGACAAUGCUGUUAAACCCCUAUUGAUGUUUUGGAGCAUUUAUGUCUGCAGUUUAAGUGCUGGAGUUCAAAGAAUUGGGCAUAGUGAAUACAGUGGGGCAUUUAAGUGCUGGAGUUCAAAGAAUUGGGCAUAGUGAAUACAGUGGGGCAUUUAAGUGCUGGAGUUCAAAGAAUUGGGCAUAGUGAAUACAGUGGGGCAGAAGCUUGUUUCAUGAAGAAACACCAUGAACACAGGCAUGGACUCUACUGAUAGCAUCGCAUGAUCGCCAGCUCUUACGCCGGAGAUAAGAUCUUGGAGCUCUUCAAUAUAUUGUGUCUGAGUUAUCUUAAGAGCAGGCCCCUCAUAGACUUCUCCAUCUUCAUUGCGAGUACUUUUAGAGUUUCUUGGAGAUGGCAAUGAUCGUGAAAUCUGGCUUACCAUAUUUGUUCAAGUGGUUGGUGGUUUCAAAGCAUCAAUCAGCUUUCUACUGCGGUGACUUAAAAGAACUUGGCUAAUCUAUUUGCACCUAUAACUGGGAAGAUUCAACCCACAAUGAAGGAAAAGAAACUUUACUUGUUUUGCAAUAAUAAACAUCAUCAAAGAAGAUGGAUAAGAGAAUACUCCUUCAAUUUUUGAAUGGUUAAUUCGUUGAUUUCACAAAUCGGAUGCAUUCUAUUUUACCAAAGACUGGGGCAGCAGCUCAGGUACACUGCUCUCUGACAUCAAGCAUUUCCACCUGAACAAUCAGAAAAUAGAUCAAAGCUUAUUAGGAUGGAGGACGUUAACAUCAAUCAAAAUGCUCCAACUCCUAGACGCUGUAUUCAAAUAACUGAAGAGGAAUCUGUGGGGUUUGAGGAUGAUACUGAGAAGCUAAUUCAUCUACUGACUAGAGAAACAGAGGAAUCGGAUACUAUCUCUAUUGUUGGCAUGCCUGGUCUAGGCAAGACAUCUUUGGCCACAAUGAUAUCCAAAGAUUCUUCUAUUUUUUCUCGCUUUGAUAUCCGAGCGUGGUGUAUUAUCUCGCAAACAUAUAAUCUGAGAAAGCUAUUAAUUAACAUCUUUGGGCAAGUCACAGGUGUUAAGCACCAUGUGCACCCCAAUGACGAUAUAGCUGAUAUGUUGCGCAAAUGUCUGAUGGGCAAAAGAUUUCUCAUUAUCCUGGAUAAUAUAGGAUGUCGAGGCAUGGGAUGAGUUAAGAUUAUGUUUCCAAUUGGUGGAAAUGGAACCAAAAUUAUGUUAACAAGUCGAUUAGAACAAGUGGCAGAGGAAGUCAUGAGACAUGUCAUGGGCUGCUUUCCAUCAUCGACCCAUGACCCCUUGGACGCGCCCCGUGGCGU